GUGGGUGUCCCGUGAGCCCAGAGCCUUGUGGUUGCUCCUCUAGAAUCCUUCUGUGUAACUGUCCUCCAUGUCCAAGCUGCAUCUCUAGAAUAUGAGCUUCUUAAGCCAUUCUUGGAUACUUGGAGGUGGGGCUGACUGAUGUACAGCGGAGAUUUGACCCAGCACUUGAGGCAGACACAACAAGAGUCAUCAGUGUUAAUUUCGUUGUCCUCCAACCAGCAUUCUGAAAGUGCGUUGACACUGGUGGCCUUGCACUUUUUCAUCGGACUUCCAACUGAUAGGUUACCACUGAUUAGAAGAACUGACUCCUUCUAAGACUCAUCAGAUUAUUUCCUGUAAAAACUGUAUCUUUCUAAUUGUGAAAAAGAACCAGACCUCUUGGCAACCACCUUCAUCAGACCCGGGAGUUUGAAAGAAGCAGGUGCUGCACUUCAGUUUUUCCUUGAACAAGAAACAUGGGCUGCAAUCGAAACUGUGGGCUCGUUGCUGGUGCUGUCAUUGGUGCAGUCCUGGCUGUGUUUGGAGGGAUUCUAAUGCCAGUUGGAGACAUGCUUAUUCAGAAGACAAUUAAAAAGGAAGUUGUCCUUGAAGAAGGCACAAUUGCCUUUAGCAAUUGGGUUAAAACAGGCACAGAUGUUUACAGACAGUUUUGGAUAUUUGAUGUGCAGAAUCCAGAUGAAGUGGCACUUAAUAGCAGCAAAAUUAAAGUUAAGCAAAGAGGUCCUUACACGUACAGAGUUCGUUAUCUAGCCAAGGAAAAUAUAACCCAGGACUCUGAGACCCACACGGUCUCUUUCCUACAGCCCAAUGGUGCCAUCUUUGAACCCUCACUAUCAGUUGGAACUGAGGAUGACAUGUUCACCAUUCUCAACCUGGCUGUAGCUGCUGCACCACAUCUCUAUCCAAAUGCAUUUGUUCAAGGAAUACUCAAUUCACUUAUCAAAAAGUCAAAAUCUUCUAUGUUUCAAAACAGAACUUUGAAAGAACUAUUGUGGGGCUAUACAGAUCCAUUCUUGAGUUUGGUUCCAUAUCCCGUUGCUACUACAGUUGGUGUGUUUUAUCCUUACAAUAAUACUGCAGAUGGAGUUUACAAAGUUUUCAAUGGAAAGGAUGACAUAAGCAAAGUUGCCAUAAUUGACACAUACAAAGGCAAAAAGAAUCUCCUUUAUUGGUCAAGUUAUUGUGACAUGAUUAAUGGUACAGAUGCAGCCUCAUUUCCACCUUUUGUUGAGAAGACAAGGAUAUUGCGAUUUUUCUCCUCUGAUAUUUGCAGGUCUGUCUAUGCUGAGUUUUCAGCUGAAAUGGAUCUGAAAGGAAUCCCUGUGUAUAGAUUUACUCUUCCAUCCUUGGCAUUUGCAUCUCCAAGUGAAAAUCCAGACAACCACUGUUUCUGCACAGAACAAAUUAUCUCAAAAAAUUGUACCUUAUAUGGUGUGCUAGACAUUGGCAAAUGCAAAGAAGGAAAACCUGUGUACAUUUCACUUCCUCAUUUUCUACAUGGAAGUCCUGAACUUGCAGAACCUAUUGAAGGCUUAAGUCCAAAUGAAGAAGAACAUAGGACAUACUUAGAUGUUGAACCUAUAACUGGAUUUACUUUACGGUUUGCAAAACGGCUGCAGAUCAACAUACUGGUCAAGCCAGCAAAAAAAAUUGAAGCAUUAAAGAAUCUGAAGCACAACUAUAUUGUGCCUAUUCUUUGGCUUAAUGAGACUGGUACCAUUGGUGAUGAGAAGGCGAAAAUGUUCAGAAAUCAAGUGACUGGGAAAAUAAACCUCCUUGGCCUGGUAGAAAUCGUCUUGCUCAGUGUUGGUGUGGUGAUGUUUAUUGCUUUUAUGAUUUCAUACUGUGCAUGCAGAUCAAAGAAAGUAAAUUAAGGAGCAAAAGAGUCUCUACAUUUAUGCACCAGCUAUGUCAGGACCUUUCUUAAUAUCACCUUACAAAAGUCAAGAUUUUCAUGCUUUAUUUUUGCAAAACACACCUUAUCUUACAAUUCAAGAACUGGUGACACUCCCUCCCUCC